AAAAGCCCCUCAGAGGCCCGACAGCGCGCCGCUCUCAAACGCCAAGUCGGCCUUCCGCGUGGCAGAGGUCGUCGUAUUUCUCAUUGGUGUCGCGCAGCAAGGCGCGGUUUUGCCAGCCUCAGCUACGACCGAGGCCCCGUUCCAACAACGCGCAUGCCCUCCAGCGUUUCUCCGCUGAAAAUAGGGACGUCCUAAGGGGAAAAAAGAGGGGCAGUUCAAACCAGAAACUGGGACAGCUGCUGUAAAUCCGGGACUGCCUCAGCAAAAUAGGGACACUUGGAAGGUCUGAGCAGUUCCUGUGAAAAAGUCGAAUCGAAACACCACAGGGCUUACUCUUGAUGGCACGGACGAGAGUGACUUGUCUCUGUUGCUUUAUGCCCAAAGCUUAUUUUCUAAUAUUUAUGUAUCGGCUUUCUUACGCCAUGAAACACACGUGGUUCUCAGGCGGUCAAGCUGCCAAAGCAAUGGCCCUUUGCUUUUAGCAAAGUGGUGAGAGUGGAGUCGCACACGCUUAUUUAUUUAUUGUUGCAUUAACACCCCACCUUUCAUCCGAGGAGUUCGUGGUGACAUAUAUGUUUCUCCUCUUACACACGCACCAUUUUUAUCCUCACUGCAACCCUGUGAGGUGGGCUGGGUUGAGAAGGUUAUUCAACGAGUUUCAUGAGAGAGUGCGCAUUUGAACUCUGGUCUUCAGAGUAGUACUAGUAGCCCGCCACUCUGUUAAGCUGCACCACACCAAUGGCAAUAUUCUGAUAUCACAUCUAUACCGGCGUGACCAGCAGAGUAGGGCAGCACCUGCAAAGGAGUCCAGCAAAGCCUCAGAGUCUAACCCUGAACAGAACUCAGACGCGGGAGAAGGGCAACCCAAGAGAGUACAAUUUCUCACAUAAUCCCAAAUUGCACCAGCAACCAAUGUACAGUACACACUGCGAUUCUGUGUAGGUCUACUCUACUCGGGAGAAAGUUCCAUAGAGUUCAAUGAGACUGUUCGGUCAUUGCGUGUACCCUGCAUAGCAAGGGAAAUGCAGCUUGCAAACUGGGUUUUUCGUUUUUAUUUAAAGCACUCGAUCAGGCUUGAGUUAUAAGCAGCAUACAUUCCUGCCCUCCUUUCUACCAUCGUGGAGAAGGGUCAUCAUGCUGCUAUCCAAUUCAUAGCUGUCGACUUUUUUCCCUUUUCUUACGAGGAAUCCUAUUCGGAAUAAGGGAAUUUCCCUUUAAAAAAUGGGAAACGUUGACAGCUAUGAUCCAAUUACACCUGCUUAGAAAUCCCGGGUUUACCCUUCGUUUAGAACGGGCGGCUGUCUAAUUUUACUUCGAAGGAGGAGGAGGGAAAAAUGCCACCAAGCGAUCCCACCAGUUAACACUGGAACGGUAACUCUAAGCAACUCUAUGUGCGUCCUCGGACAACAGAGAACCCUUCCCGGUGGCGUUGCAUUAUGGGAGUUGUAGUUCUGCACCCGACGUUUAUUUCCGCCCUCCCUAAAGAAAGUAUGUUAAAAAAGGGGGGUGCGUCUUUAUUUCUCUCCUGGCGCGUUGCAACGGCCUUUGACAUUAUUUCCUCCCGCUUUCUUUACCGACAUGCAUUACGCGACACGGCGGCUGUGUUUGUGAACGGUGUCGCUUGCCCUCCUUCCCUUCGUGAGCUUUUGUUCCCGGACGGGUCAGCGGGUGCGGCACGAGAUGCACCACCCCGGUUACUCAAGGGACGCGUCACGAUCGUCUGGCAGGGUGAAGAGAAGAGUGGGGCAGAGAAGGGAUCUCUGCAUGGAGGCUCCGCUGAGCUCCUGAUCUGGCCGAAAUGGGUGGGAAAGGUAGAAAUUAUGUAACCUCUGCAAGUCACCUCGUUGCCUUGGUCCUCUUCGCUUUUGGGGGAGCAGUGAAGGCGAGGCCCCUGCUCAACGAGGAUUACACUUGCAGCAGCUGCGGGAAGCCUAACAUUGUGAUGGUGAUGUGCGAUUCCUUAGUAAGUAUUUGACUUUUUCAAAACAAAAGCAAAACUAUCCAGAGCAACUUCUUUCCAGUCACGCUUCUGCUUGCGAAGGAAUGUGAGGCGGGAUGGUGUAAAUAAAAAUACAGUGGUACCUCGGGUUAAGUACUUAAUUCAAUCCGGAGGUUCGUUCUUAACCUGCAACUGUUCUUAACCUGAAACACCGCUUUAGCUAAUGGGGCCUCCCGCUGCUGCCGCGCCGCCGGAGCAUGAUUUCUGUUCUCAUCCUGAAGCAAAGUUCUUAACCUGAAGCACUAUUUCUGGGUUAGCGGAGUCUGUAACCUGAAGCGUAUGUAACCAGAGGUACCACUGUAUCUACUCUUUCAGGCUCAGCUGCUGUGGACCUGAUCUCCCUGCUGCUUGAGCCUAGCUGCUGUUUUUUUCCGCUUGGAGGUGCCAUUUACAUGCUAGAGAACCCCAUGCGAAAAGAGCUUGCAUUGAGAGUGACAUUUGUUGCUAAGCUUUCACUUAAUAAUUGGAGAGCAUGUUCUUGUGUCACACUUGGGUUGCAGUCCUAUCCAUGCCUAUUUUGGGAAGAAAUUCAGUUAACACAGUGAAGGUUAACUUUCAGCAUGUGAGAUGUAACUUUUUGCAAGAUUAUGGCAUUCGGACUGUGCUGCCUGUGAUAGGAGAGGAGGGGGAAAUUUAGCAUUAUACAAAACAAUUUAGCAUUAUACUGAAAAAAGGAGAGCAUUAUAAUAAUAAUAAUAAUAAUAAUUUAUUAUUUAUACCCCGCCCAUCUGGCUGGGCUUCCCCGGCCACUCUGGGCGGCUUCCAAAAGAAUAUUAAAAUACUAUAAUACAUCAAACAUUAAAAGCUUCCCGAAACAAGGCUGCCUUCAGAUGUCUUCUAAAAGCCUGGUAGUUGUUGUUCUCUUUGACAUCUGGUGGGAGGGUGUUCCACAGGGAAGGCGCCACUACCGAGAAGGCCCUCUGCCUGGUUCCCUGUAACUUGGCUUCUCGCAGUGAGGGAACCGCCAGAAGGCCCUCAGUGCUGGACCUCAGUGUCCGGGUAGAACGAUGGGGGUGGAGACGCUCCUUCAGAUAUACUGGACCAAGGCCGUUUAGGGCUUUAAAGGUCAGCACCAACACUUUGAAUUGUGCUCGGAAACGUACUGGGAGCCAAUGUAGGUCUUUCAAGACCGGUGUUAUGUGGUCUCUGCGGCCGCUCCCAGUCACCAGUCUAGCUGCCGCGUUCUGGAUUAGUUGUAGUUUCCGGGUCACCUUCAAAGGUAGCCCCACGUAGAGCGCAUUGCAGUAAUCCAAGCGGGAGAUAACCAGAGCAUGCACCACUCUGGCGAGGCAGUCCGCAGGCAGAUCGGGUCUCAGCCUGCGUACCAGAUGGAGCUGGUAAACAGCUGCCCUGGACACAGAUUUGACCUGUGCCUCCAUGGACAGCUGUGAGUCCAAAAUGACUCCCAGGCUGCGCACCUGGUCCUUCAGGGGCACAGUUACCCCAUUAUAUGAAACAAGUCAAGUACCAGUAGUCAUUUAUGUACGCUAGGGACAUAGUCUAGCAUAAGUGAAUAUGUGGGAGUGAACAUGAAGCAGCUUGCAAGUUUUGCUCAAUAGUGGGGAGGAAAAAGGUACAGAAGCACUAAUGGUGCUCCAGAACAGGGAUUUACUUUGCAAAUGGGUCAUUGACAAUGAGUUCUUUCUUCUUCUGAUUUAAAUUGGAAGCGGGAGAUGUGGAAAGGUUGCCCACGUUGUCAUACUUCAUCUGUCCGGCCCAUACAUCACACUGUCUUCUUUGCCUGAGUUAUUGCAAAUGGCCAGCUCCAAAAUUGCUCUUAACCAAUAUGACACAAAGUCUUCUGAGCAGUUAGUCACUGCUCUCAUGCUGUUGUUCAUUCCUGGAAAAACUUGGAACCGGUCACAAAGUCUCACUGAAAUCACAGUAAGAAAAUCACAUACCGUAGUUCAGUUCUUGUUUAAUUGUACCUCUCACUGAAAUGUUUCAAUUGUCAAUAUGUAUAUUUGUAGGAAUAUAUAUUUCAAACCAUGCUGGUGUCCUGUCAGUGAAGACAUGUUCCUAGAAAACUUAUAUUGCAUCCAGAACCACUGAAAUGGGUGUUUUGGUAGAGUGUGAUUUUUUUUUACAGUGUGAUUUGUAAUAUUGCAUUGAUUAAUGUGAUUAAUGUGAUUUCUAAUGUUGCAUUGAUUAAUUUCCAGAGUAAUUCUCAAAAUGUUUUUCCCCCUCUGCAUGCAGGAUGGAAGGCUGACAUUUCACCCAAAAAAUGAAACAGUAGACUUGCCUUUUGUGAAUCUCAUGAGAAAACAUGGCAGUCUCUUUCUUAAUGCUUAUACCAAUUCUCCAAUAUGUUGUCCUUCCCGUGCAGGUAAGAUCAUACUCAAGCAAGAAAUACACGAGUAGAACCUAUUUAAAUACUACUUUAUGAUAGCUAAACUUUAAAAGAUUUUCCCUGGGCAACCUUGAAACUUCUGGUUCCUUUUAGUGUCUGUGAGCCAGGCCUUCAGGAUAAACAUAGUAUCACUUGCAUGUUUUAAAAAGGAAAUAAAUAAUAUGCUUGUGGGACAUUAGGAGUGGGUUGUUGUCUGUAUUUACCAAGUGCAGAGAGGCUGAAGGUCAACGUUAGAAGAUUCAUCAUGUGAGUUAGGACUAAGCCUGUUAUACCCCUUUUAUAAGUGGAGAAACUAGGCUGGGUAUGACAGUGACUUGCACAAAGCCACUCAGUAGGCUUCACUGGCUUGUCUUCUUAUUUUGACUGGCAUUCCAUCUGAUUAGUUGGCUGUUUUCUGUUUUUAUGGAUAUUUUUAUUUGCUGCUCUGUCUGUUCUACUUUUUUCUCUUUACUUUUAUUUUGUUAAUCACAUAUUUUGAGUAUUAGGUGCCUUGGGCAUUUCCUAGAAGUGGGAAGACGAAAUGGAAAGCCCUUCUAAACAAACACUUAACUGAGGAUUGGUUAAAUGGACUGCAACAUUUAUUGGUGCUUCUCUUUUUUUCUUCACACUGAUGAUCAGAAUGGACCACCCUCAAUAGAUGGUUAGGAUACCUAGACUGAGUCCAGCACUGGCUCCCCUCCCCUCUCCCUUCCAUGGAUUGUCAGAGCUGAGAGCUUAUCCAUUAGCAGAAACCUGCUUCCAUUUCUUCACACCUCUUACUGUAUUAUGGCUUCUGAGAAUUAGCCUGUCAAUAGUGUGACUGAAGUUAGGAGAUUUGACUCCAACUCGUAGUUCGGAAAAUAGUGGCAGUAACGGUUCUCAAGUUUCUUUCCUUGCUGAAUGCAAAGUAAUCAAAGCCUGGGGAGAAUUGUGUUGCUUUUAAUAUUUUUAUUGUAAGUAACUUGCUUUAAAAGGCAAGGUAGAACUAAUAAUAAAAAUAUUUUUCUGGUGAUUGGAGAGGGCAGAGGGGUUGUGAAGAUUCCUCAUGCUGCUGAAUGAGUUCUGGCCUCCUGGAGCCAUUGUAACGUUGGGUUAGAAAAAUAUAGUAGCAAAGUCUCUAUGGGUUCUUGAAGCCACAACGUCUUGCUUUAUGGCAUGGGUGGGGAACCUGGGGCCCUCCAGAAGUUGCUGGACUACCGCUCCCAUCAUCCCUCACCAUUGGUCCUAUUGGCUGGGGCUGAUGGGAAUCGUAUUUCAACAAUAUUUGGAAGGCUACUGGUUGCCAUUGCCUGUCUUAUAGGAUGCCUUUUAGUAGCAGUGGAAGUCAUAAACAUUUAUUAUUUUGUAUACCGCUAUGUACCCAUAGAUCUCAGGGAGGUUCACAACAUAACAUUACAAUAUAAAAAAACACAAAACAUUUAAUAAAAAUAAGAACAAAGACAACCCAAUAAUCUCCCCCUUCCACAACACAUUCAAAAGGGCAUCUGAUGUCAGUCAGCCCAAGACCUGGUUAAAGAGGAACGUUUUCGCCUGGUGCCCAAAGGUGUCUAAUAAACAUGCAAGAGGAAAGCUGUGCAUACCUUGUUUUAGUCAGAUCUUAUAUGUUUUAUAUGAUUCAUCAACCAAUUCUGUUAUGGGUGGGUUUCUUGUUUUUGUUUUAGCUAUGUGGAGUGGCCUCUUCACUCACAUAACAGAAUCUUGGAAUAAUUUCAAGGGUUUAGAUCCAAAUCACACAACGUGGAUGGACCUCAUGGAAAAACAUGGCUACUAUGCUCAGAAAUAUGGAAAACUGGAUUAUACUUCAGGGCAUCACUCACUAAGGUAAGCAAUUGGGAAAACCCUAUCUCUGGUUAAAGCUGGUUAAUCAGAGGUGUGAUUACUGCUAAUUGAAAGCCUUCUGGCUAAAACUGAAUUGUUAUUUUAUCAUUUCUAUGUACAAAGUGCUUUUCAAUAUUUACUUCAUUUAUCCUGACAACACCCCUUUUGAGGCCCUAAGACUUAAGUUGAAACAGUACUUUUUGUUUUGUAUGAUCUGUAAACCUACUCAUAAAUGGAUGUGUUCUCUGUAGUAACCUCAAGUUCUGACAGUUCACUCGUCUGUAAAAUGUGUUCCCCUGUCAAAUUUUUGUUCCAUUAAGUAUAUGAAACUGGUAGCACUUUUUCAGAUGAUUUUUUUAAAAAGCACUUUCUCGAAACAUUUUAGUUUUGUAACUAAAAUCCUCAUCAUUGCUCAAAGAAGUCCUUAUUGUCAGGGAGCUACAAAAUCCAUUAUAAAGGCAGCAAACGUCUCAGAAGGGUUUAUUGUAAGAACUAAGUACCUUGGGAGAGCUACAGUCAUUUGCUCUUGAACAAAUAUUACUGCCUAGUCUUUUUCUUCACAAUGCAGCCACUUGUAGGCAACCUUUCUGAGGGUCAUAGUUUCUUUAUGCUGCAUAAGGAGAAAAUAAUUGGAUGUGUCAUUCCACUUCUAACACGUCUAGCCCUAUAUACUGAAGCUCAAGUUUCAUAUAAAGACAUUCUCCCUUUUCCUUUGUGCAUGCUGCAGAGAGUUGAAAAUGCAGAGGGCUGCAAGGGGAGAGAAGAGGGAGGCUCCCUCCUUUUCUCCAGCAUCGCUUGGAAGAGAUCAGAAAUGUCCCUUUCCAUUUUAGAUUAACCAUGGUUUGUUGUUACAGCCAAACCCUAAACCAUGUUUAAUCUAAACUAGUUAGUUGUCAAGCCUGUCUUGUUUUCACUAUGACUUGAGUUGACUUCUUUUCACUAAUCCUCUUUUACUUAAGCCUAGCCACAGUUUCUCCAUUUUUAAAUGUCACAACAAGCAAAAUUUAACUUCCCAGCUUGUCCCUACAACUGUGCAAAGGCAGAGGAAGAGAGAGAAGUGCCCAGGUACAAGGCUCACUGCUGGGCCAUGUUUGAACAUCAUUUGCAAAGGCAAACUGAUAUAAAUAUCUUUUUAUAAACCCAGUUACAAUUUAAUGUUAUAAACCACUGAAUACAAAUGGCAGGCAUAUCAGAAAUGUGAACAUAAUGAUAAUUUGCCUGUGAUUAUAAAGGUAAAGGUAAAGGGACCCCUGACCAUUAGGUCCAGUCACGGACGACUCUGGGGUUGCAGUGCUCAUCUCGCUUUAUUGGCCGAGGGAGCCUGUGUACAGCUUCUGGGUCAUGUGGCCACCAUGACUAAGCCGCUUCUGGGGAACCAGAGCAGCCGUUUACCUUCCCACCGGAGCAGUACCUAUUUAUCUACUUGCACUUCGUGGUUUCGAACUGCUACGUUGGCAGGAGCAGGGACCGAGCAACAGAAGCUCACCCCGUCACUCAUCCCGUCGCGGGGAUUCGAACCGCUGACCUUCUGAUCGGCAAGCCCUAGGCUCUGUGGUUUAACCCACAGCGCCACCCGUGUCCCUAUGCCUGUGAUUGUAUCUACAUGGAAAUAAAGUAUAUACUGAAUACUGUUCUGAUUUUCAGUAACCGUGUGGAGGCCUGGACCAGAAGCGUUGAUUUUUUGCUUCAGCAAGAAGGCAGGCCUGUGGCAGAACUCAUAGGUAACAAGACCUAUGUGAGAGUCAUGCAAAAAGAUUGGAAGGCCACCGACGAUGCUGCAGCUUGGCUAAGAAACAAAGCCACCAACUUGACACAACCCUUCGUUCUUUACUUGGGGCUAAAUUUGCCUCAUCCAUAUCCUUCACCUUCCUCCGGAGAAAAUUAUGGGGCAUCUACAUUUCGGACAUCUCCUUAUUGGCUACAGAGGGUAUGCAAAUAUUAGCGUAUAGCUUGAUAUAAGUUUUUAAAAAAGAAUUGUAUUUCUAGAGCAUUUUAUUCCUCAACCCACAGAAGGACCAUAGCUCAGUGGCAGAGGGUCUCAAGUCCCCAGCACCUCCUGGUAGGACUGGGAGAGGUUCCUGCCUGAAACCCCAGAGAACCUCUACCAAUCAGUAUAGACAAUACUGAGCAAGAUAGACCAAUGGUUUGACUCAGUAUAGGGCAGCUUCCUAUGUUGCUAAUGCUGUGUGACUCAAAUCUGAAAUGAAAGAUUAACCACAGUACAGUGGUACCCUGGUAGUUGAACGCCUUAGUUGUCGAACAAAUUGGCUCCUGAACGUCGCAAACCCGGAAGUGAGUGUUCUGGUUUGCAAACUGUUUUGGAAGCCGAACACCCAAUGCAGCUUCCGAUUAAGUGCAGGAAGCUCCUGCAGCCAAUUGGAAGCUGUGCCUUAGUUUUUGAACCAUUUCGGGAGUCGAACGGACUCCCAGAAUGGAUUAAAUUCGGGAACCAAGGUACGACUGUAUUUUAUUAUGUUGCCAGAUUGUCUGUGACCAAGUACAGCAGAUAUGUACUUAUGUUUUUAUACUAAAUUGUAAUCUCCUUGGCCCCCCAGGAAUUAUAGUAGGGUGAUAGUGCUGAGAAUUCUCUUUUCAGAAUAUCUAGUCCUACAUCCUUCCUGUUAAAAACCGCUAUGCUCGUGGUUCCCUGGAUAAAUUGAAACACCCAUGCUAUUUUUCUAGAAAAAAAUGGUGCUGGAACUCACCAUGAACACCUCCCUUGUUCUCUUAGAAUGGCAAUGGCGCCCACCUGAGAAGUGAGUCCCACACGAGUUCUGACUGGAAAAAAAAGCCCUGAGAAUGACUAAUAAAACCAGUUUAAGCUUAUGAUGUAAGGAUAUUCUUUAUUUUAUUUGUGUAUUACAUUUCUAUCCCACAUUUCCUCCAAUGAGUUCAAGAUGGCAUACGUGGUUUCUUUCUGUGAGGGGGAGUCAGCUCUUCCUGUUUAUUUGUAUUCCAUUUGAGUUGUUUCCAGGUUCUGUUUUUACAAUGGUCACACAAAACUCUCCAGACUGGUUGCCAUGGCUCCCACUGCUUAAAUGGCAGUGUAACCCUGUAAUUCAGCAGAAUGUUUUAAAGGAAACAACCAUUUCUUCACAAAAGCAUCUUCAGCACAUGGUUUACUUUUUAUAUAUAUCAUGAGAAUAGUGCUCAGUUUUAGUCUCCAUCAUUGCAAUGUCUUAGAAUUUCAGCUGUUUGAAUGAUUUCUUGAUUACUCCUUUUUUCCUGUUGUCAUCCACUCCAAGGGAUCUGUAUUGAGCUAGUGAAGUACAAUAAGCUCAGAAAGUGUACACCUUGUAUUCCAUUUUCUAGGUUCUGUGCUAGAAUUUUUGUCUUGGCUCUAGUCCCUGAAUAUCCUUAUACUAGGGAGAACAUGAAGUUGUUCUUAGCUUGGGAACCAAGUGCAACCAAUUUCUUCACUCUUCUCAGGUCACCUUUCAUCCCUCUGUGUGGCAGGGACAACCUCAUGGCCAGCAUGAGCUGUAGAGAAGGCUUUUGACUGUUGACACAGGAGAGGCCCAAUGGGAGGAAAGUUAUGUGCAGUGUUAUUUUUCUAGAAAAAGAGGUGCCGGAACUCACCAUGAAUGCCUCCCUGGUUCUCUUAUAAUGGCAAUGGUGCCCAUCUGAGAGGUGUGCGAACUCUGUUCCAGUGAGUUCUGGCUGAAAAAAGCCCUGGUUGUGUGCCUUCUGCUAGGAUCCACCCCAUAAUUGUGUGUUGGAAUGCCUAAUGAGAAGUAUGGGUAGUAUGUUCUGGAGUAUACCAUAAUGUGUAUUCCAUGGAAAAACUGGAGCCAGACAAAAAAAACGCUCCAGAGUUUUCUGAGGGGGCAGCUGUGAACAUCUAAGAAGUCAAGAACCCGGCUGGAUCAAACCAAACAUGCAUCUAAUUACAGCAUCCUGAUUCUCACAGUAGCCAAUCACAUGCUUCCAAGCAGUGCAAUAGGGUAGACCUCCUGUGCUGUUGCCUCACAGCAACCAAUAAGCACUGUUCAUUUCUCUAGCUGUGACAUUGUCUCCAUUGAUGACAAUUAACUUGAACACAUUUGCCCAGUAGCAGUACAGUGGUACCUCGGUUUUCAAGCGUCUCGGAAGCCGAACGUUUUGGUUUUUGAAUGCCAAAAACCUGAAAGUGAAUUCUUCCAUUUUCAAACGCGCCUCAGAAGUCGAACAACUUCCGAGGUGCAUUUCCCAAUUUUCUCAAUGGAAUUGGCUGAGCGCCCAUUGCACCUCGGUUGUCGAACGUUUCAGAAGUCGAACGGUCUUCCGGAACAGAUUACGUUUGACAACCGAGGUACCACUGUAUUUGAAUCAGCGGCUUCAACUAACAUUGAAGCUAAAUAUGAACAUGAACUUGAAUACACGUUCUACAAAAAUAAUAAUUGGGUGUUCACUUCCAGAGGAUUGCUAUCAAGUUAAUAUAUUGCAAUGAUUUGAUUGCUAAACAAAGGAGUUCUUUUCUGUGAGCCAUGGGUUUCUAUGCAGUAUGUCACACUUUGACUUUUGCCUUGAAUAUUGGGUUGCCAUUAUGUUUAUGUGUAUGCGUAUGCGUAUGUGUAUGUGUCCUGCCGGGCACAUAGAAUUAAUUCUGUGGUUCUUGGGGUUGCAGCAAUGGCCUUUCUAGGUUGGAAUGGAGCUUAGCGCUAUAGAGCUGAUCAAGCUCUCUCAUUUGCUGAAUCAACUCAAAGCAGUGCAUCAACUUGAUGGUCUCACAGUACGCUAUGUUGCUAAGCAGAUGGUCUGUAAGGUAUCAGCUGGAGCCAUCUUUAAGACGUGUGGCUUUGUUCCUAGACGCAGGCACUGCGGUGAGCAAGGAAGACCACACGUUCAAUUUUUUAGGAAAAGUCUUUCUUGUAGAUGAUUUGUGUAAGCGUUAGUAUAGUUAGGGAGGGGAUAGUGGAACCGGAAGAAGCUGCUGGCUGCAAAAGAUGUCAUUGCCGUGGAAGGCUGUGAUUAUCUCCUAAAAUCUAACUGAACCUUAUGGAAGCGGGCUGUAGCAGAUCCAACUCUUUACCUAUGCAUUCUGAAUGAAUUGCACAGGCAGGAAAAAAGCACCAAGUGUAGUGGUAAUGCCUGGAGUAUUGCCUCUAAACACAUGCUACAUUUUGCUGCACAGAUCUCUGAUAAGAACAGCAGUGGGUCAGGGACUCUCUCCUUACACCAAUGUUCUAACCUAUUGAGAAGCAGAUUGGGGGUGGUAUUCAACUAAGUUUUACCCCGAGUCCAUCCAUUGUAGUUAGUGAACAAGACUAAGUUAGGCCCACUGAUUUCAAUAAGUGUACUUUGUGUUACCCUUCAUUGAAUACCACCACCCUGGACACCUUCCUCAAAGUGCACUUUCUCUGCAAAGCUUUUUGGCACAAGUCCCUAGUUCUCAUGGCAUUCUCUAAGCAUGUGCAACUGAACAUACCUGUUUAUCCCUGUCUCCAUUUCCCUCCUCUUCCUCUGGGUCAUAUUACAGAUUGCACUCCCCUCAGGGCAGGAUCCUGUGCUCUUGUUCUCUGUAAAGCACUAUGCACUUUGGUCCUGCUCUGUAAAUAAUGCAUUGGGCAGGAUUCGCCUAAGAAGCCACAUCAUCACAAGCCCUGUUCAAGGACUUCUGCUUGCGCAAUGGGGCCCUCCCCUCUUCUUCUCCCCACAUUUAUAAAACAUGGAGUCCUCAUGUUCAGUCAGUAUGUCUACCUUGGGCUGCUGGCAAAUUGGACGGUGAUGAUAGUUACCUUUUGACAAAAUAAAACAUUUUUACUUUGUUACUAGGUGAGAUACGAAGCCAUCAAGAUUCCAAAAUGGCUUCCAUUUUCAGAGAUGCACCCAGUAGAUUACUAUUCCUCUUAUACAAAGAACUGCACAGAGAAAUUUGCGGAGAAAGAAAUCAGAGAUAUCCGAGCACAUUAUUAUGCCAUGUGUGCAGAAACGGAUGCAAUGCUUGGUAAGUGAUAUCCUGAUUCUCUUACUAAUAUCAUAAUGUAUUUCUCAAUACUAUUACUGCAAAGAUCGUUUUCUUCCCUGAUUCUAGCCAUGUAGAGGCUACAGUCCUAAUUAUGCAUUAUUCAAAGUCUUAGAACUGCAGCCUAUAUAUUUUUCAUAGCUAAGCUUCGCAUAAAAAGAUUUUUUUCCAGAAAGUAACAACUAGAUGUUUUCUGUUGGGAUUUCUUUAAUCUAUUAUUUAAUAAAACUUCUAUCAUACUCUGCCUACAAGGUUAGAAUCUGAUCCAUGAAGAAAACAAUAUGUCUCAGUUCAUGUAUUAAGGACUAUGGUAACGUCAUUUCAGUUGCAGAGGCCAGGACUAGAACCAGUCCACCCAUGAGGUAGGCUGAAGCAGCUGCCUCUGGCAACAGAAUCCUGCGCCCCACCCCUGCCACCACUGCUGCGGUUGCGCAGCUGCAGUGGCAGCUGCAUCUUCUUCCAGCAAGAUCUCACGGAACUCUCACAAGAUCUUCCCGGAGGAAGGUACAGCUGCGCAAAAGGGUAGCCACUUCCUUGUUUUGCCUCAGGUGACAAAAUGCAAGAGGCCGGGACACAAUCUCAGGAGUGUACACAGCAAUCUUAAUGCAAAUAAUGUAUUAUGUGAGCCAAGUAAUUAUGUUUACAAAUGUAGCUCUGUACUGUGAGGAUAUUCAACUAAGUCAAACUUAGUAGACCCACUGAAAUAAAUGGACUUGACCAACUUUAUUUCAAUGGGUCUACUCUUGAUUCAGGCCAGAUAUCAUCCGAUACAUCUGAGCUGCAUGACUCUGCAACUCCUUUGAGGAAAGGAGGUGGGCCUUUGCAUGUAUCACAUAAGGCAUCAUUCAUGUGGUUCUGCCCAUGUACAUCUUCCUGAGACCUGGUCUCAGCCACCACCACACAAAUGACAUUAACCUGGUUUUAGAUGUCUGUACCAAACAUCUGAGGGACACGGGUGGCACUGUGGUCUAAACCACAGAGCCUAGGGAUUGCUGAUCAAAAGGUUGGCGGUUUGAAUCCCCACAAUGGGGUAAGCUCCCGUUGUUCGGUCCCAACUUCUGUCCACCUAGCAGUUCGAAAGCACGUCAAAGUGCAAGUAGAUAAAUAGGUACCACUCCAGCGGGGAAGGUAAACAGUGUUUCUGUGAGCUGCUUUGCUUCGCCAGAAGCGGCUUAGUCAUGUUGGCCACAUGACCUGGAAGCUGUCUGUGGACAAACGCCGGCUCCCUCGGCCUAUAGAGUGAGAUGAGCACCGCAACCCCAGAGUUGUCCAUGAGUGGACCUAAUGGUCAGGGGUACCUGUACCUUUACCAAACAUCUGUGGCAGAAAGUGCUGCAAAGGGAGUGUUGAGUGUUGUCAUGCCUGCAGUACAAUUCUGACAGGACCGUCAUUGGGGAGGGAAUGUAAUUAAUCUGGUGUAUUUGUUCUCUGUGGCUUAAUACAUGUAAGACAUGUACUUUAUGGAAAUAAUAUUCUGAGAUGCCUGUCUUGGGGGAAGAGGUUGGAAAUGAAAGGAUAUUCAGGCACAUCAAUUCUGACACUGUAGCCUUUUUAUAUUGUUAUUGCCAGAAGAGCAGAAAAAUGGUCAAGGAACAUCUACUGAAACUGAAGUGCGGUAGAGUGAGGAAUCCUCUCAAUUAUUAUGAAUCUUCUUUUUAUAUGUUGGCUUCACAUCUGGAAUGCUGUUCCCAUCUGCUGCAGAAUUUGGCAUUCUGAGAAUUUCAGCUUUAAUUCCUAAAAGCCUAAGUGUAAUGAGAGAGAUGGAGAACAGAAGCGAGAAGGAGCUUACGUCAAGUGUUUUAUUUGGGUAGAAUUUUGGUGCCUUGCUGUCUCUUUGAUGAUCUAUGAGCAGUAUGGAAAAUCUCCAUGUUUUGGGCUUACUGAUCAGUUAUUACAAUCCAUGCCAGUAGUUGUAACUUCUUUGAAAACCCUUAGUGUAUGUAGAAAUUCAGGAGAAAUUUGACAGUUUCAUAUAUGAUAAUAAACACUGGGUGAAUUCAAGAGAACUACAACGAACCCAGAUAUUGACAACUCAAAUCCUAGGUACACUUACUCAGAAGCAAGUCCCAUUGUGUUCAGUGGAGCUUACAUCCAAAUAAGUAUGCAUGGGGGUAGCCAGGAUUUUUUGUUGUGGGGGCAGACCUUUUGUUAAGAGGGGCAGGCCUUUUGUUGGGAGGGAGGGCAGAACCUCAGUUUGCUAUGUAUUUUAUUGAUUUUUAUUUAUGGGGGGGGUAGCUGCCCCUCCCUGCCCCCCCAGCUACGCCCAUGUAAGUAUGUAUAGGAUUGUGGCCUAAAUCUUGCAUCUGAGCUUGUGCACCACCUUAAAUGGGAUUCAGACUCAUCUUUCAGUGCAGUUUUAAAAACUCUUGCAAGUUUCAGACUAUUAAAGCAUACUUUGGGAUCUGUAUGGCAGACAUAAAUGUGAGCUUCUAAAAGUGGAUAACUGUGGGUCUUUAGCAACAGAUUAGCAAAAUGCAGCAUUUUGGAUGGAGAUUUCUGGAAGUAUGGAAGCCACAGUUGUGCAUGCUGAUAUUUAGCUGUGGAAGGAACUUAUUCAGAGUUCUCAAGGAGAAAAUAAACUGCCCCUCACGAUCUCCCAUAAUCAGCUUCUCUCCAUCCCCCCAGAGGACUUUUCUUUGGAAUCCUUGAAACAGCAACGGCUUCUGUAUAAAUGAGAACACAGGCAACGUGAUCUAGUGCUUUCAUUGCACUGGCAGAAGAGCUACCUCCUUGUGACAUCUAAAAACUAUUUUUAUGCAUGUCAAUGUUUAAUGAAUAUUUUGAUGUUUGCGUAUUAACCCUCCCUUAUAUUUUGUUGCAGGUGAAAUAAUUUCUGCUCUAAAUGACACAGGACUACUCAGAAGGACUCUUGUCGUAUUCACUGCAGAUCAUGGAGAACUUGCCAUGGAACACAGGCAGUUUUACAAAAUGAGCAUGUACGAAGCAAGCUCACAUGUUCCUCUCCUUAUAAUGGGACCGAAUAUUAAGCUGCAAUUCAUCCCCAAUGUGGUGUCCCUUGUGGAUAUCUACCCUACCAUGCUCGGUAAGCAAUAUUUCUGUUGGAAUAGCAAGCUCACUUCACAUGACCAGCAGGGAUAAAAAAAAUAAAUUAAACCAUCCCCUUUGCUAACAUAUGAUUUCAGGAGAUGGCUUAAAAGCACAGGCGGCUCACCUGGGACUGUCUAGCAGUUGCUGGACUACACCUCCCAUCAUCCCUUACCUUUGGUCAUGCUGGUUGAGGCCAGUGGGAGUUGGAGUCCAAGAAUGUCUGGAAGAGCACAGGUUAGCCACCCCUGGUUUUAAAGCAUGGCUGACUAGCAACCAUGGUGUCACUACUGUCAGAUAACUUCCCCAACAUGCCUACGCCAUGUUUUGAUUUACUGCUCAGCUUGCAAAGAAGGGACAUUUAAAGGAUCUGACACUGAUCAAUAAAGCCAAAAUUUGGAGAUGCCCCAGUCAGUUUCACCUCCUUUGAUUUAACGUUAGUGUAUAUGAAUAGUGUAUUUUUGUCCACAUGUGCACCAAGGCCACUCUUGUUUCAUGCACACAUCGCCAGAAUGAUACUUGCACUGCUCUGCACAGAUAUAAAAAUCACACUUAAAAAUAAAUAAAUUGUGUGCUCAAAGGACAUGUAACGGGUUAUAUAUUUAGGCAGGUGGGCGUGAAGGUUUCAGCAGAUCUCCAGUCAUUUCCAAAAUGAGAUACAGUGGUACCUCGCAAGACGAAUGCCUCGCAAGACAAAAAACUCGCUAGACGAAAGGGUUUUUUGUUUUUUGAGCUGCUUCGCAAGACGAUUUUUGCUAUGGGCUUGCUUCGCAAGACGGAAACGUCUUGCAAGUUUGUUUCCUUUUUCUUAACACCGUUAAUACAGUUGCGACUUGACUUCGAGGAGCAACUCAUAGAACACGGUGUGGUAGCCUUUUUUGAGGUUUUUAAAGACUUUGGUAUUUUUGAAGCUUUUCCAAAACUUUCCCGACACCGUGCUUCGCAAGACGAAAAAAAUCGCAAGACGACAAAACUCGCGGAACGAAUUAAUUUCGUCUUGCGAGGCACCACUGUAUUACUGAAUGUUUUAAUAAUGGGGGAAAUGAUUUUUUUAAAAAACAAACAAACCCUGAAUGAGGCUCUCAAAAUCCUUCUGAAAUUAUAAACACCUGGAACGUGGAAAAAAAUGUAUUCUGCCUUAUUUUCGUUUCUGCGUCAAAAGUGUCCCAUUUGCGGGAAGGAUGAGAAAUAUUUCCUGGAGAAAAGAAACCCUUUUAAUUGUGGGAAUAUUUGCCUUUUUACAGUCAUGUUUGUUGCUGUUGGUUGUUCUGUCUGCUGCAGCUUGAUUUCCUUCCCACCAAAUUUCUGAGUACUGCUUCUUCUUCCUAGACUUAAUCACACAGGCAAUCCUAGUUUAAUCAUAGGCCACAUAGUGACCUGAAUGUUGUCAAGACACUAAGAAACUUGUUAGAUUUAGCUAUGUGACAUCGCUGAGGACAAGAAAUCAAUGUGAAACUGGGAUCAUUGCUACCUGGAUCAGUGACAUGAGUUAUCCCACCUGUUAUCAUCAUCAUUUUUGAUUUAUUCAUUACCUUCUGAACAACCAUUUACACAUAAGGAUAUUAACAACACUUAAAAACACCAAAACAGCAAAUAUGGUACAUUAAAAACAGUACUGAAACCCUAGCAAAGUAGACACCCACAGUAAAGAACAAUUUAUCCAACUGGGAAAGUUUGUUGGAACAAAAAUGUAUUCAGUUGUCUAGGGGUCAUUUAGUAAAUAGGAUGAUCUUGUAAUAUUGCAUAGCCAAUUUGAUUUUACUGAGAGAAAAUCCUGCCGGGCGCGCAAGGCUUGCGGACAUAUACCCAAAGCACGAGGCGUGCUCCACAGCGCGCCCCGUACUUCGGGCUGCAGGCUGCCGCCCCAAGCCUUGCGCACCUGGCGGGACCUCCCCCCGGGCGCGCAAGGCUUGCGGACAUCUGCCCGGCACUCCCGCCGGGCUCCCAAGGCUUGCGGAUAGCUUCCUGAAGCCUGGAGAGCGAGAGGGGUCGGUGCGCACCGACGCCUCUCGCUCUCCAGGCUUCAGCAAAAGCCUGCAUUCGCCCCAUAGGACGCACACACAUUUCCCCUUCAUUUUUGGAGGGGAAAAGGUGCGUCCUAUAGGGCGAAAAAUACGGUAAUUCACUUACCCUGGCAUUGUCUGAAGGCACAUGGUACAACAACCUUUCUGAUGCAAAGCAGGUCUGGUUAAUGCUUGGAUAGUAACCCAACGUGCAGCAUAAAAUUAGUGAGUGUGAGGAUGAUGCUUCCUCGGCACAGUCACAUGGGCGAUCCUAACCAAUUGGAAAUCACUCUAUGAACAUGAUAAGAUGGCCAUGCUUCAUAGUUAACUGUAUUUGACAUGACAGUACUACGGAGGGAAAAUUAGGUCAAUUCAGAGUGAGGGCAAAGCCUUCUGAAUAGGUGAGCUCUUAUGAAGGAAUCACUGAAAGGUCGCCAAGAAGUUGGGGAUUUCUACACUGCUGGAAAAUAGUUAGUACUUUUAGUUCAAACCCAAUAUUCUAACUAGAGACUUUAGUUUAACAUUACUAAUCUAUGAGUCACACAGUCUCUCAAUCAAAUCUCAGCCCCUACCUUCUUGUUCCAACUGUCUUAAUUUCCCCUCUCUCUCUUCUUGAAGUUUGUAUUUUUAAAUCACCGUCCUUCCUGUGCUCUCAUUCUCCAUAUGUUCUCUCCUGGUUCUUCCUUCCUGUAUUCAGAAUAUAAAAAAAUAUAUAUAUUCAAAAAUGAUUAAUUUAUUUAGGUGAGUAACAAACAAAUGAUUAAUGUUAUUUUCUCAGACACUCCGACUGAUGAAGUAAGCUCUGACCUUAUCUGUAGUAGAUAGGAAUAUAGUCUCUGUCUGUGUGCCUUACCAUUUGAUUUUACAGUUUGUUUCUGUACAUGUAUGUGUCACAUCUUAACAAUUUCCCUUAAAAGUGUGGUGUUGUAUCUAACAUGGCACAAACAGACUUUUAUUCCUGCAGCAGAUUUUGCCAUCCUGUAUUUCUCUUUGUAGUACACCAUGGACACCCUCCCCCCCAAAAAAAAUCACUCCAGAGGGUUCCUCAGCCCUCUGAAGCAUGUUUUUGAGGAUAUGCAGGGAUGGAAAGGGACAGGAAGUUCUAUUGCGCAAGUGGAUGCCUGUUCCCUUUGUGCAGUGACAGCACUGGAUGCAACCUAUGGUGUUGUACUUCCAUCUUAAAGGUUGUUUAAAUUCGGCAGAUGGGGGGGGACGGGCUUCAGGGAGAAGGAAGGGUAAGUCUUACUUGUGCAAACAGGACACUGCAAUUAGAUACCACCCUUAGUUCAGAAAGAUGUUAGGUUUAAUUUCAGUGACUUAAAAAUCUCUCUAUCUGUCUCUUUUGGACUUAAUCUAAAUGCAAAGAUAAGAGGAUCAGAAAUAUCACUAUAAGGGGCAAAGGACAAGUUGCAAUGGUUGACAUAGUAUAUAAUUUAUUUCCUUGUUGGUUUUAUAUAUUUCUGCCUUUUCUUUUAAUUAUGUUUAAUUCUUUUUAAAUAAUGUAAAUACCAAAUUUUAAAAACAAAUUGACUUAAGUCACAAUUUCAAUUUCAGACGUUGCUGGAAUACCCAUACCAAAAAAUCUCAGUGGAUAUUCACUGAUGCCCCUGGUACUGAAACAGGCAGAAGAUAAAGUCCCAACUAGAAAGCAACAUCCUACUUGGAUUCUGAGUGAAUUCCAUGGCUGCAAUGUGAAUUCUUCGACCUACAUGCUGAGAACUGACAGAUGGAAAUACAUAGGAUACUCAGAUGGUCGUUCAGUAUCUCCUCAGCUGUUUGGUACGUUUGCUACUUGAUUAAUGUACAGUCUGAUCCUCUGUUCUGGUCUGCACGAGUAUCAUAGGGAGGCGCAAAUCAAUGUUGCAUUAGCAGAACUAUAUAGCUCCUGUCUUGAAGCAACACAAACUACCAGACAUAUGAUUAAUUGUUGCUGCAUCAUGUCUUGUGUGGUUCACCAGAAGAGCAGAAAAGCAGUGUAGUAAAGUAGUAGUGAUAGUAAUUAGCAUCCCAUUCUUCAUAAAGAUCAGCACCCUCCUUUGCAACCAUGCAAGUUUAUACAUACAAAAUAUGACAGUUAAAUCAAAACACAGUUCUGUAGUCAAUGUGCUGCACUGUUGGAAACAACAAAAGUGCAGUCUGAAGACACUAGAAUCACUGGCCAAAGUCUGAGACAGGUAGGACAGUUGUCUCUUUAAUGUCUCAACUGUGCAUAGCCCAGUCUGCUUAAACCCAUAAACCUGGGUUUGAAUUUGACCACUGCACUACGGUUCCAUCCUCUCAAAUUGGACAAUGUGGUCAGAUGACUAGGCACCCAAAGAGGUUAAGGUCCAAAAAGGUGGCAUGCUGUAGUCUAGGCCUGGGUACAUUACCAAAAUCAUCAAGGGAGCAACUCACCUAUGAGGAGUAAUGACAUUUGAGGGUUUGGGGGUUUUGUUCGUUAAAGGUGACUAAAGUGGCACAUGAGAGAGGUAUAUAAAAGCAUGCAUGGUGUUGAGAAAGUGGAGGAUGUUUUUCAUAAAACUAGAAUCUCUCAUAAAACUAGAACUUGGGACUAUCCAAUAAAGCUGAAUGGUGAGAGUUUUGAGGGGAGGGAAAGGAGCUCACAGCUUUGUUGUAAGGAUAAUAUGGAGAUGGGAGAGCCAUGUACACCACCUUGAGCUCCUUUGAGGAAAGCUGAGAUAUAAAAGCAAAAUAAUAAUAAUAAAAUGAAUACUGGGAAUGAAAUUGGGAGACCUUCUGCAUGCCAAACAAAUGCUCCAGUUCUGCGCUACUGCUUUUUUCAAGUUCAGGCUCAUUAAUUUGUCUUAAUCGUUCUUUGUUGCAGAUCUCUCUGCCGAUCCAGAUGAACUAACAAACGUAGCAACCAAGUUUCCAGAGAUCACACAGUAUUUGAACAAAAAACUCUACUCCAUCGUUGAUUAUCCCAAAGUCUCUGCCUCUGUUGAACAGUACAACAAACAGGAGUUUAUCAACUGGAAACAAAGUUUAGGACAAAACUAUUCUGAUACCUUAGCUAACCUCAGGUGGCACCAGAACUGGAAGAAGGACCCAAAGAAGUACGAGGAUGCAAUUGAUAGAUGGAUUAAAGAGAAGACAAUUGUGUGAAAUGUCUGCAGAAAGUGAGAAUGGACAAUCUACUCCUGAAUAUAAAAAGGCAGUGUGGGUGCAAUAAGAAGUUACCUCCUACUGCAACAGAUACUGAAAUGGGACGUGGGGUCAGAUGCUAUCCUCCCGUCUUUCCCGUUUCCCGACACAAAUCCACUCUGCUAAGCUAUAAAUGCUAGCUAGCCCCAGUUGCCUGUUAAACAGGAUUUGCUAGCCAGCUUCAGAACCUGAUUUCAAUUCUGGUUAAGAAUCCCUGCUAAGUGACCUGUGAUUAACACGGAAGUUGAUAUAAUGGCCUUAUUGGGACAUAAUGUUAAAUUAUGGUUGUUAGCGUGAGCCUUGUCUGCACUUCCCAUCCCCCUUCUCCUCUGGCACAGCCACAAAGGGGAUAUCAAAAUCUUUUCCUUCCAUUUUUAACCAGAGUUUACCAUUAUGUUCAAACCUCAGCAAACCAUGCUGAGUCUCAACUAUGGUUCAGAGAAACCAACCAACUUCAAGCUGCAUUUUGUGAAUGUGAUGUCACACUGGGCCCUGCCAAGAUUUGGAAAAGUAUUCUGCCAGCAAAGCCCCUGAGCAAAGGAUACCCUAGGGGAUAAAUGGAAACCACCACCCCUCCACCAUCUCUAGCACUGAUAAGAAGCCCUUAACAUCCAGGGGAAAUCUCACCAUGCCUGUGUCCAGAGCUUGCUCUAGAAGGACUCUUGAGGUGGGUUCCCAACUCAUCCCCCUUUCAGAGGGGGAGACGGAACCAUCUCCCAGCCCCGGAGAGCAUAGAGCCCAGAAAGUCCCAUGUUUGGGCAUCUACCUACCAAAACAGUACAUGUCUGAUAGGCCAAAAUUAUAGAGCUACUCAUAGUAAGGAGUCUUGGGUGAAGUGUGGGAGACCAGACUAUAGAAGCUGCUGGAACAGCACAUAUUGAAAUCUAGCAACUCUUUUGAACCACCUUGUCUAUUCUGCCAUGCCUUUUGACAGAUGGCCUCUGUUGCUGGCUUCUACUUAGAUCCUGCCUUUAGAGCUAGGCUUGUUGAUGGACUGCUUUUAUUGUGCUUUGGCAUGGACUACACCUUGACUUCAGUCUGCUUUUCACCUAGUUGCAGGAGCAGACAGGGCUACCCCAGCCUCUGCCUAAGAACUAAGCCCUGACAUAGUUGGAGCAGGACAAUUUGCUUGUUUCCCUAAACCUUUGUUAAGAUUAAUCCGAGUUUUAGGUUUGGACAAAGAAAUAAAAAGCAGUCAACUGAAAACAGAAACAAAAGCUGCUUAUUACAUCUGCACUAGCCCCAAGACUAUACUUUUUCAGGUGGGAAAGUAUAUACUGUAGUGGCUAGGACUUCACUGUGAAUUAGGAAUUCUCAGGUUUCAAUCUUGUCACUGCCAUGAACUCACUGGGUGCCUUAGGCAAGCCACUCUUUCUCCGCUGUUGCCUGCAAUACGGGGAAUAAUCGGUGGCUUACCAUACAGUGUUGUAAGGAUAACUAUUAGAUGCAUGUAAAACAUUCUGAAAGCACUAUACGCAUUUGUAUUACUAUACUUGGAAUAGCAAGUAUAGUAUUUGCAGUGCCCUAACUGGGGUGGCUAACCUUUGAGCUUCCAUGUUAUUGAACACCACAUCCCAUCAGCCCCAACCAAUAUGGUUCAUAGUCAGGGAUGAUGGGAAUUGGAGUCCAACAGCAUCCACAGGAUACUUUGUAAGCUACCGUAUUCUUGCACUAGUUAAAGUAUUCAUUUUGUGAGUGAGUUUGUGUUCUAACUGGAUUUUUUUUUCUUGGUCAGAACACAACAUUUCAAAGUGCAGUAUUAACAGUUUAGGGCUGAACAAGGGCAAGCACAUCUGUUCAGCCUCCCUCCAGGUGAUCCAUUUGCAUUCAUCCCGAUUUGUUUGCACAAAGCUUAUAGGAAGGUUAGAUUAUACCUAGUCUUAUUGAGCAUUCAUCCUCCAUUUUGCUUGUGGUUAUGUUUACAUGGAAUCAUUUGUUCACCCUCCACUUUUCAGUGCAUUUUUCUGUCACUUUCAAAACCACAAAGAGCCUUGAGUUUUUAAAAAAGUGGAUUUGUUGUACAAGAGCAACAUAACCCUUUAACCCACCUUGAAUGUAGAAACCUGAAGUUCUGGUAUGCAUUUCAAUUCCUCCCACAAAACAGAGAAGUCUGGCAAUGCCCUCAGUUACUACUGAACACAAAAGAGAUACAUGCAAUUUUAGGUCCCCACCAUACUGAUGCCAUUUGUGACUAAUGAUUGUGUGAUACAGUCCUGAAUUCCUUUGGGUUAAUGGUUUGUGUAGCAAUUUACAAGUGGGGUUUUUUAACAACCCCCCCCCAUGAAGUUAGUAGUAUGGUGGUGGUUAACAUUGUGUGGGGUAAUGCUAGAUUCAUCUACACUUCCUUCUUAUUCUUCUAAGGGUUUGCAGCUAUUAAAAACCGCUGUUUUCUUUUACUGUAUUGCAUAAGCCUUUUAAGUACUGUUUAACCUUCAUGCAACACACUCCAGAUACUUGUCUGGGUAUACCAACACGGCUUGCGUUUGCAGUUUAAGUGUGAGCAGCAUAUGUUGUUUCAUUUGGUCUAAAUAUCCAAGACAUUUGCAUGCAGAUUUUUGCUACUCAAAUAUGUUAAAUCUCCCUAGCAACCGUUGUCCUUUCAAUUACACACACACACACACACACACACACACACACACACACACAGAGCUAGUCCCCUUUCCUUCAAGCAAAUGCAAGGGCAAAGAAUAAGAAGAAACUCAGAAUAAUUUGGAUCUGCUCUCUAGUGCAGUGGGAAAAACUAGUGGUCUUAAUGUCUCCCUGCCCCUGCCAAACCUCCAUGUAUUGGAACUGAGAGGUGAAGUUUAAAACGAAGAAAGGUGGUAUUUGUGUAGGCAAAUUUCAUCAUAUUUCCCUCAAAUGCUGAACAUGAGUGGCCCCAUGCUAUGAACCUGUGCUCAAUAGCCUCCAAGACCUACAUGUGGAGGCUGAGGUUGAUCUGGAAGAUGCAGCUGGAGCAGAAUACAGUGGCCAGUCUCGUGAAUGGAGCAGCCUAGCAUCAGCAUGUAACACCCUUGCUGUAAGAACCGUACAGGCUGCCAGUAUGCUACCCAUUUGAGAUUGCCAUAUGAAAUUCAAAACAACAGCCCCAAACUCCUCUCCCUGCAUUAAAUGGUUUCAGCAGGAAUCCUAGAAUUGCAGAGUUGGGGGGGGGGACUCUGAAGGAAAAGGAUAAACGAGUUUUGCCUUUUCCUUCUGCAGAAAUAUACCCCCAUUACUCUCAGAAAAUGCUUGCAUUUGAGGCUAACAUUCCCAGCUCCUGUUGCAGAUGGCUUGGAAAUCCUGAACAACAGAACUUCUGUCAUGGGUUAAUGAUGAAGUGCCCUUUUUUGUGUGCUCCUACUUUUUAAUGUUUUGUUACACGAGCUACACAACAUCUUUGUGUUUUUUCCCAAAUGAAAGCUAGUGGGACACUGAGCUACUACUGCUUUAAGCAAUGCUGCCUCUGAAGGGAGAAAUAGGACAGGAUGCUGGAAUUCAUUUCAGCAUUAAUAAACAGCUUGGGCUGUGUUCAGAC